AUGGGUGAGAGAAAAGGAACAAACAAAUACUAUCCUCCCGAUUUCGAUCCUAAUCAUCACAGGAAUCUCAACUCAUACCAUGGCACACAUGCUCUACGUCAACGUGGGAGAAAGGCAGGUCAAGGCAUUAUCACUAUUAGAUUUGAAAUGCCUUUCAACUGCUGGUGUCUCACUUGUAAAAAUCCUAUCGGUAUGGGUGUCAGAUAUAAUGCAGAAAAGAAAAAAGUAGGGAUGUAUCACUCAACCCCUAUCUACCAAUUCUCUAUGCCUUGCCAUCUCUGUGCUGGUAGAAUUGUAAUGCAGACGGAUCCAAAAAACUUCCAAUAUGUUAUUCUGGAAGGUGCUAGGCGUAAAGUACAAAAGUGGGACUCAGAAGAAAAUGAACAAGUCCUUAUUGCAGAUCACUCUGAAAAGAAGCAGCUCGCUACUGAUGCCAUGUAUCAUUUGGAGCACAAUGUAACUGACAAGAGGAAAGCAAGUGAGAUCAUACCAGCAAUUCAAGAAGUCCAGAUUGAUCGUUUGAGACACGAAGAUGACUUUACUUUGAAUCAAAUUGCUCGUAAAAAGUUUCGUGAAGCCAAAAAGCAAUCUGAGGAAAAAUUGGUCAGAGAUAACUCUCUCUUAAACCGCUUGUCACUAACUGGGUCUCACGUUGAACUUCUUCCUGAAACUGAGGACGACUCAACUAUGGCAAAAGUUAUGUUCCUUACACAUUCGAAACGUAAUAUAACCGCAAAUCCUUUGAAUUCUACGUCUCUCAUUCGUAAUAGAAACUCACAUGUGCCAGCUUCUAAAGCCAAAAGUGCAUCGAAAGCUGAUAACAUCAAAAAGUCAACUAUAUCAACGUUAAAAAAGACUCCAAGGAUGUCGAUGGAUUUGAUUAUCUAUCGUCCCUGUAAAAGUAAGAAACUAAUUAACAAGUCUGGGGACUCUGGAAUUGAAGAAAAUGAAUCCUCUCUUUCAACUCCUAAUCGCUUUUGUAAUCACGUGACAGAUAGUUCUGUCGAACUGGUGACCUAUGAAAGUAGUGAUGACUCACAUAGCAAUAUUGACGUUUAA